UUUGAUUAGUGAUCAGAUCUGUGACUGUGAACAUUUACAUAUUUAAUAAAUACUGAAUAAAAUAAUCAAUAACAACAGCAGAUAGAAACCAGAGCAGAUAUGAGUCUCAUCUGUUGUUUGAAUGGAAGAAUGUGAACAUAAUGAAUUAUAGAGAAAGUGUUAUUUAAACCUGCCUUCUAUCUUUAAACUCAUGUUGUUAUUACAAUCAGUCAAAGCUUAAAUGUCAAUUAGCUGCUUCUUGAAGAACGUCCUUCCUUUGUUUCACCAACAUUUGUUGUAUUUUAUCCUGCUGUUGCUGUUGUCUUGGUUUUAUUAAACUGUCGGUUCUGUUUGUGCUGCGUAACAUGUGAUCAAGGUCUAAAGACACAUAAACAAACAAAUAAACAUAUAAAUAUAUAAAUAUAUAAAGAAAGAAGGAAAGAAGGAAAGAACUUUCUCUGCUGUGUGGAAAGUGAGAGUUGAAACAUGGCGGGAAUUUCUGUCUUUCUGUUUUCUGUUUCCUGUCUGCAAUAAAAGUCGAGAGCUGCAGCAUGUCGGACACACUGAGACGCAUCCUACUCUUCUUCAUCAUCUUCAUCAGACACUGAGACAUACAGCUCUCCGCAGCAUCAUCUUCAUCAUGUUGUUCGUGUUCUUCGUCCUCUGCAGCGCCCUGACGCCGGCUCUCUGCUGUGAUUGGCUCGAUCAACGGUUUAGUAACGUGAACAACGAAUGUCUGACUCACCUGAAGCUCAUGGGUGAUCCGCUGACUGAGGAGGAGAGUCCAGUUCCCUUUCCAUACGAUCUCUACCAAAGCAUGAGGAACACACAGGUGUUGGAGUCCCAGCUGUUGUUCAUCAGAGACAGUCUGAAGCUUAUUUCUGAUCUCUAUCACCACGGCAACCGCUCCUCCGCUGCCUGGAAUACCAACGAGGAGACCAACUUCCUGAUCACCAUCGACAGACAGAACGAGGAGCUCAACAAAUGCGUUUCGAUUGAAAAACCAGUUAAAGUCCUGCUGAGAAAAUACUACAAGAGACUGGAAAAAAGCGCUCUGCACCGUAUGCUUCCGGUUGAAAAACCAGUCAACGUCACGCUGAGCGAAUACUACAAGUCACUGGAAAAAAGCGCUCUGGACCGUACGGGGGGCGGUACUACGUACUGGGAGCUGAUCAGGAUGGAAACUAAACGGCACCUGGACCAGUUGGAGAUGCUGGUCUCCAUCAUCACCAGCAGGAGGCGCUCUGCAGCGUCUCCACACUAACUGUCUGUUUCAUGUUCAUCAUGUUUCUCUGUGAGAACACUGAUAUUUUAUUUAUUUAU